UCUUUACAUUCCCCUACCAGUGUGGCUCACCCCCAGUUUAGGAGGAGCUGCUGCUCUAGUUAGGGAGAGGGAGCUUGUCAGUCUUCAGAUUAUUUUAUAUCUUGAUCUCUCUGCUGAGUUUGCCAGCAAUGAGUGCCACUUGUAAUUGGGGAUUUGUAGUGUGGAUGCUUACACAUUAGAAACAAGACUGCAAUCACAAGCUCAUUUGACGUAAGCCACUGAACAACUAUUAAAUGGGAAUGAUUUUUGGUCAUUACUCACAAGGGCCCAAAUUUGAACCAGUUACUGAAAGGUAAGAAGUGUGAUAUACCAUCACCAAUCCUCUGAAUUGUUCCCCAGUGUUCUGAUUUCUGAUUGCACGUUAGCUUUGUGAUCUUUGAUCUUGCUGUGUGAUAAUGUGGGCUUUACAUCAUGGAGGUUGAAAGGAAAUUGUUUUUAAUUUCUAGGCAGUAUUGUUUCUAUCCAUGUACCUCUUUUUACUUUGAUGUCCAUAAGGAAGCUGAAGAAGUUUGAUAGAGUAUGUGUUUGAAAAAAUUAUUGUAGCUCACUGGUUAUCUUGAAAAGUUAAGAUAUAAAGUUCAAUUAAAGGAUCGUUUUCUCCCUGGUCCUUUGAAAAUAUGUUGCUCAGGUUCAAGUAGGUAGGAGUGAGCUCUCUUCUCGUGGGCUCAGUAAUGGCCACUUUGUGCCCUGUCCAUACACAGGUGUACAAGGGAAGGAGACGGGAUGGGAUGGGCAAAAGGAGCCUUACACCAUUGCAUAGGAGCCAUGCACAAUUGCACUUCCUGUGUGCAAUAGUAUUCCUUGCUUACUAGCCAUCCCAAAGGGGUGAGGGAAGAGACAGGAUUAAAGCCAGAUAUACAGAGCUGGACAGAUAUGCAGAAGGGAUCAUGCUGCAUCUUCCUAAGCAGUGACGCCGGGGGUGUGCUCCCUACAGUAUGCAUGACUGGUACCUCUUGGAGGAAUUGUGCAUCCUUAAGAAUGUUGCCUUUUGGAGCUCCCGCUCUGAUUGUGCUGCUCUGCAUCAGUCCUAGCAUGAGCCAGUGUCAAAAAGACAAAGCUGCCCUCUUAUAGAUGCCAGACCACAAAGCAUGUUCUCCAGUUGUUUCUUCUAAUAUAUGAGGUGUCUCAUAGCCAUUUGUCAUGUGAUCGGGUAUUAGAAUCCCUCCAGUGGCAAGGUGCACAUUCAUUAGCCUUUGUUAAUAUAACAUCAGUGAAAAAUGUAUAAUUUUUCCCAGCUGUUGAGAAAUAUCAAGCUGGCUCAAUACUGGGGUCUUAUUUCCCAACAUUCCUGACAGGAAGUCUGUUAGCGGAGAAUAUUCAGUAUUUUUAUGCAAGCCUAGCUGCACUUUCAGAGUGCUUGUUUUAAUUUUUGUCAGUGUCCUACGCAAUCCUGUGAUAUCCAUACUUUUUUCCUCAGACCUAUAGUAUAAAAGAUCUAAUGUUUGCCAUUGUCAUUGUUUGGUAGAAAAAACCCUUCCAUUUUGUGUGACAGAACCUUGCAGUGAUACCAGCACUUUACCUCAGACUAGUGCUCCUGUCUGUGAUGAACUUGCGGAGGUAAAAGAGGCAAUUGUUAGUAAUAUGGUUAAUAACCAAAAGGAAGCAGUUUUUCAGAAUUCAGAUGCAGGCGAAACCAGCUGCAAGUUACUAACUGCACAAAAUAUAAUGGAGGACCCUAGCAGUUCACAAAGAAAAGAUUCCAGUCCAGUGGUGAUCUGCCAAUUGAAAGGAGGCACUCAAAUACUCUGUAUAAACAGUUCUGGCACAAGAGAACUGAAAACAGUUCAUCUGGUUCCCCAGUAUCAAAACCAAGAUAAUGAUCUUCAGUCAGAUGUGCCUAACCCUAUGACAGCUCUGCUGGGACAGUUUUUGCCAAUUCCAGGCAAAGUGGAUCUCAAUGAACAACAGCUUGAGAAUGGAUCUUUACAAUCAGUAGCUAGCAGUGCCACAUUCCAAUCAGAAGUAAAUCUUCAAGGGCCAACAAAAAUGACUUUAGUUGGAUUGCCUCUUAGUUCAUGGGAUACAAAGUCUAAAAAACCAUGUAACUGUACCAAAUCUCAGUGUUUGAAAUUAUAUUGUGACUGCUUUGCCAAUGAUGAUUUUUGCAACAACUGCAACUGUAAUAAUUGUUACAACAACCCACUUCAUGAAACUGAGCGGUUUAAAGCUAUUAAGGCUUGUCUUGAUAGAAACCCAGAAGCUUUCCUACCAAAGAUUGGGAAAGGGAGACUGGGCGAUAUUAAACCUCGUCACAACAAAGGAUGUAAUUGCAAGCGCUCAGGGUGCCUUAAGAAUUAUUGUGAGUGCUUUGAGGCAAAAAUUAUGUGUUCCUCUAUUUGCAAAUGCAUUGGCUGCAAAAAUUAUGAAGAAAGCCCAGAUCGAAAAACACUAAUGAACAUGCCCAACUACACGGAGAUUAGAAAUAAUGAAGAAAACAUCCUUGUUUCAACAUCAACAUUUGAAAUGUUACCAAAAUCUAGAAGAGACAGGCAACCUACUACAUGUAUAUCCUGGGAAGUGGUUGAAGCAACAUGUGCUUGUCUCCUGGCACAAGCUGAAGAGGCAGAAAAAGAAACUUACUGUGUUUGUCUAGCAGAACAAAUGAUCUUGGAAGAGUUUGGGAGAUGCUUGUCACAGAUUCUGCAUUCAGAAUUUAAGUCCAAAGGGCUGACAGUUGAGUAA